AUGUCAAGCCGGAAGAGAAUAUCGCAAGCUUGUAAACCAUGUGGCAUUAAGAAAAUAAAGUGUGAUGGCGGGGCUCCCGUGUGCGGACCUUGCCUAAAGAGAAACGGAGAAUGUUCUUAUGGUAUAUCGAAACGUGGGCAUUUUCCACGGAAAUUCAAUGAUGAUGGAAGCCCAAGCACUGCCGGUCGUGAAAACUCAUCUAACCCAUCGCCUAUUCAACAACCUUUAGGAGGUAGCCGCCUUCCUAUUACGUGCUCUGACACACCACUCAUUCUCCAAGGCUCUGUCAGGCCAUCUUUAGGUUAUACCCAUAGCUCAUCGUCGCAAAGAAAAGACGCCGGACCAAAGAAAUAUCCUUUCAAUGCCGAGGUAACGAAGCGUUUGUUUCAAACUUACUUCGAUUGUAUUCAUCCAAUAUGGCCGAUUCUGUACAAACCAAUGUAUACUUCAUUCGAUUAUACGUAUCCUUCACCAAGUAUCCCUAAUGUCUUAGCAUGUGCAAUGUUCGCUAUGGCAGCUUGUGUAGAAAAGCUCCAACCUUCUCCACAGCCAUUCGAUGACCCGCACGUUAUGGGAUCGGAAGAGCCUCGCUUUUAUUUCGAGGAAUCCCUAAACUUGCUACAAAGAAGCAAUGAUACCAGCGAUAAGUCAUUGAAAAACGCUUUCACUCCUUCAAUCGUAAAUUGCCAAACAUUGACAAUACUUUCACUGCAGCAACAUGGAGUAGCUGAAUAUUCCAGAGCGGCGAUUUUCUGUGGACUUGCGUCAUCAAUGGCUAUCGAGUUACGCUUGCAUAGACCUCACGAAGCGCAUGGUACACAGCGUGAAAUUCGUUAUCGUCUCUGGUGGAAUCUAUACAUUCUCGAGAAGAUGAUCUCUUGCGAAAUGGGGAGACCAGUGAUGUUGAGAGUCGAAGAAGCUGACACUCCAUAUCCCUCUACAUCCGAGGCGGAUGAAUUUGAACUACUUCCUAGUAGAAUGAAGCGUCAGAAUACAGCUAACAUACAUAGUGCUGGCAAGAUGCAUACACUGUCAGUCCUUGUUACGACUGUUCAACUUUCAGUCAUAAUGGAAAGACUUUCUCGAGAAGUGUAUGGAUUGAUAAGCCGGAGAGCAAUUCGGGAUGACCGAAGUUUUGGUGAAGGAAAACGCAUGGAAUUAUGGUCUUCUUUUCAAAAGUGGGAGAGUGAUAUUGAAGCCUCUCCCUUACGCUUAGAUUUGAGCAGUCAUUUGACAUCAGUCCCUGGUGUCGUUACUAACUAUGUUAUCAUGCACUCAGGGGUGAUUCUUUUACAUCGCCCUUUCAUUGCUCGAUGGAUAUCAAACCCUGCAAAUGCCAAUGCUUCGGCGCACCCACUCAAGAUUUGCCUAAAUAGUGCGAAUUCGAUUUGCACUAUCUUAGAGAAGUACUUUGAUGAUUUCUAUGGCCUGCCAUGUGACAUGGUAUUCAGUAUUUUUACAGCUGCAAGCACGCUUUUAUAUCAAUCAAAGCAACCGGAUGGAGGUGAUAAUGCAGAAUCACAACGUCGUCUUAAGAUGUGUAUUCACUGGCUUUCUGUUCUUGGGAGAAGUUGGAAUAGUGCUGGAGCCCGUCAACAGAUUUUGGUAGAUUCGAUGCCACGAGAUGUUAAUAUGACAACUCUAGUUAAUGCAGCCGCAGCUGUCGAUGCCCAAGAAUCAACAUCCUCGCAGCUUCUAUCUGAGCAAGAAUCAAUGUACGCCCGACACUCGACAGCAGAAACUACACCUGGCACAGCGAAACCUGGAGGAGCAGAGGACUGGGAGUUUUUGAGAGGAUUUGGAGAUUCUUCUGAUGAAUUUUAUAUUCUAGACGAAGAACUUCGAGUUUUACUUGAAAGUGAUCAGCAGUGGAAUCUCUAA